AUGUCCCACUCUCUGCUGGACAAGUCAGUUCUUCUGCUGGAUGGCGGUCUGGGUACCACUCUUGAAGAUCAUCACGGCGUAAAAUUCUCAUCCCGAACCCCUCUAUGGUCUUCACAUCUGCUGGUGGAAAAUGUCACCGUCGUCGAGGCUGUCCAAAGAGAGUUUGCACAAGCAGGAUCCGAUAUUAUUCUUACGGCCACGUACCAGGCGAGUUUCCGUGGGUUUCAAAAUACCAAAAUCUCCGGUGAAAAUGGGAUUGGCCCAGACGAAGCCAGAAACUAUAUGCUCUCUGCCGUCAGGAUUGCCCGAGCCGCUUUCAACGGCCGACCCGGUCUGGUUGCAUUGAGUCUAGGAGCCUACGGAGCAACGAUGGUGCCGAGCACCGAGUAUAGUGGAAACUACGGUCCCAUGACCGAAAAAGACCUUUUCAAUUUUCAUUUCGAGAGGGUGUCGAUAUUCCAAGACAGUCCGCAUUGGGAAGACAUCGAUCUCGUUGCGUUUGAGACACUCCCGAGAAACGAUGAGGUCAGGGUGGCGAAUAAGGUGAUGAGAAACAUCAAAGACAAGGCGUAUUGGAUCUCCUGUGUCUUUCCCAAUAGUGACGAGAGACUCCCCGACGGAACGGACGUUGAAGAACUGGUCAGGACCAUGCUGGAAGGUGAAAGCCGGCCAUUCGCCGUGGGAAUUAAUUGCUCCAAACUCCCCAAAAUCGCCCGUUUAAUUCAACGAUUCGAACAAGCCGCCAAAUCCCUUUCCUUGGAACUACCCAGGUUGGUAGUGUAUCCCGACGGUUCUGGCGGGAAGGUGUAUGACGCGAAAAUGCACGACUGGGUGGGAGAAGAGCGAGACCAGUUGGCAUGGGAUCAGCAGAUAUGUGAUAUCGUCAAGGAAGUGCAGGAAAGAGGCGAAUGGACGGGAAUUAUUGUCGGUGGUUGUUGUAAGACGACGCCAGAGCAUAUCAGGAAAUUGAGAAAUAGAUUGGAUCAAUUCGUAUGA